GAUGGCUUGAGACCAUGGAGGCGCUGCAUCACUGCGGUCACGAUGGUUCGAGAUGCCCAGUUGUAAAUGAGCAACAAAAUAAGAAGUCUAGGCCCAGUCCGCCAAGAUAGCCUUGUGUGCUCACCGAGAUCAUUGGAGCUGAGGAUGCGCAAUUUACCUAAAGUAUCGCUCUUCGCGACAAUGGCGUACUGGGUAGGCGAAUCUAGCCUUGCGAAAAAGGGCAAGGUAGAAGCACCGCAGCGAUGAGGCUGCAGAUCAGGAGACGCACUGUGGUGCGUUGCUACAAAAGGUGGCUGUCUUCGCUUUCAUGUUGGAUUCACUCGAAUGAGCUCAGCAAUGAAUCAUUAUGGCGGCCUUUGACCAAGUAGAGUUUGAAGAUGUGCUCCGGGAUCUCGACGAAGGCCAUCAACGCGUUGAUCGCGCCCCCAGCACCAGCGAGUUGCUCGGCCCCUUCAGCAUCAUCUGCCUCUUUCUGAACCGUACCAUAGGUUCGGGAAUCUUCAUGCUCCCGGGAAAGGUCCUCGCUGGAACUGGCAGCGUCGGAGCAUCGCUACUCCUGUGGGCCUUCGGGGCCCUCAUACACCUCUGCGGUUUAUUAGUUUGGCUUGAACUGGGACUUUCGGUGCCGUUCCGAAAUGUCCCAGGCACCAACGAGCAGAAGAGUGUACCGCGCAGCGGGGGAGAACUCAACUAUCUUCAAUUCAUAUUCUACAGAUCCAAGCUCUUGACCGCUUGCAUGUAUGGCAUCCCGUACAUUAUUGUCGGCAGCCUAGCCGGUAAUUCGAUUGCGAUCGGGAAGUUCGUGAUGGAAGCCGCUGGCCACGAGAAACCUAGUCGAGGUCCGAUAAUAGGCAUUGCACUCGUUGCGUUGACAGCCGCGGUGCUAGUGCAUGUCUGUUCGCGCCGAGGCGGAAUUUUGGUCAACAAUACCUUCGCGAUUCUAAAAGUCCUCCUGCUGGUGGUGAUUAUCAUUUUCGGUUUCAUUAAGGCUGGGGGGAAGCGCUUUGGGGGGCAGCCUCCUGCGACUGACAACUUCGAUCUGGACAAAUCGUUCAGCGGACCGAAGAGGACGGUCGUCCACUACGUGGAUGCGUUGAUGUGUGUGCUAUAUCCAUACUCUGGGUUCCAGCAGCCAUUCUACGUCCUUAGCGAAGUCCGCCACCCCAGAAAAAUCUUCCCAAAGUCGACGAUCCUCGCACUAUGCAUCGGAGCCACGCUCUUCAUGCUUGUGAACAUCGCGUACUUUCUGGCUGUCCCGAAAGAGGUGCAGUUGAAAAAUCCCAGUAUACCCAUGGCAUCCCUCUUCUUUCAACACAUGUUCGGCGACCACCGUGCAAAGCAAGCCAUGUCCGGCCUAGCGGCUUUCUCGAUCUUCGGGAACAUUGUUGUGAUGACCUUCACCGCCUCGCGAGUGAAGCAGGAGAUUGCCAAGGAAGGCGUCCUGCCAUUUUCGCUAUUCUUUGCAACGAGCAUGACCACUCCGUGGGCAUGGUUCAAGGCAAAAUGGAGCAGGAGGCCAGCAUCCGACAGCGAAGAUGAGCGCCUUGAGCAGACCCCAAUGGCGGCUUUGGGUUUGCACUGGGCUAUGUCAGUGCUGUUGGUCGGCGUCACCGCAAUGCUUCCGCCCGAAACGUCGUAUGCUGUCCUCGUCGAUCUAUACAGCUAUACCAUCAGGGUUCUGGCGCCUCUGAUCGUGUCGGGGGGGCUGCUGUACCUGAAGUUCAAACCGAGCGUCCAGUGGUCAUCCAGGGCAAACUUCAUACCCUGGCUAUCGCCUACUCACGUCGUCGUCUAUUUCUUGACCUUGGGCUUCCUUGCUAUAGCAUCGUUCGCCAAGCCCCCGGCUGAGUCUCCGUCUGCUUUGACCGAAUCUUUGUCUGCUUCGGUUGCUGUUCCCGUGAAGUGGUUCAUCGUUCCAACGGUCGGCAUUUCAGCGUUGACGUGGGGGUUGAUUUGGUUCUUGGGACUCAAAGUCGUCAUGUGGUCGGUGGGAAGGGAGUUGAACGUUACCAGGACACCGAUAAUUGUGCCGGACAUCGACAGUCAGUGGGUGCAGAAGGCUGAACUGAUCGAGCAUGAGUGGCAUACACGAAGUCACCGCCGGACAAAGCCUGCCUCACCUUGUGAAGAUGGGAUAGAGAUGGCAUCUUCUAGUUCAGUAUCGAUUUGAUUGCUUGUAGCACGGUUAGUGGCGG